AUGGCAAGCGGAGACACGCUGAUGGUGCAGCAGUUGAGUGCACAUGCCGCUCGCAUCAUGCGCUCAACGCCGUGGGGCCGACUCAUGCGACCCGACGUGCGGUUACCACACGUCCAGGCCUUCACCGGCUUCCUGGAAGCUUCUCACCGCAGCCUGCUACAGUCGCUCGGGAUCCAAUCCUCAGCCAUUUUCCACAGCUACACAUACCUGAUGAACAGCUUCGCAGCGCAACUGACUGGUGCUGAGGUGAGGAAGCUGAAGAGGCACCCAGCAGUGGCAGAGGUGGAGAGAGACCGCACAGUGCGAGUGACCUCGGUACAAUCUCCCGAGUUCCUCAAGCUCGACUCGAGCCUGUGGCCGGCGAAUGGCGGGCAGAGCAACGCGGGAGAGGGAGUGAUCAUUGGAGUGAUUGAUUCUGGAAUUUGGCCCGAGCACCCCUCCUUCUCUGACCCGGUGAGUUCUCCGAGUGGCUGUGUCGGAGUGGGCUAUGGCUUUGAGAGCGCAUGGCAGAGCAACGCAGGAGAGGGAGUGAUCAUCGGAGUGAUCGACUCGGGCAUAUGGCCCGAACACCCUUCCUUCUCUAACCCUGACCAAAACGGAGUGCCAAAUUCUGCUGCCCCAGUGCGUUGGAGAGGCGUGUGCAGUGAAACAGACGACUCCUCAUAUUUUCCCCUCUACUUCUUCCUGCAGGACCCGAACGGAGUGCCUUACUCCGCUGCCCCGGUGCGCUGGAGAGGCGUGUGCAGCACAACAGACGACUUCACAGCGUGCAACGGCAAGGUUGUUGGAUGCUACCGGAGACGCAGAGGUGCCGCUGGAAACGCAGGUGUGGAGGUGACAACAGGCGGCCGAACCUUCGGCACAGCCUCGGGCAUGGCUCCCCGAGCCAGGCUGGCAGUGUACAAGGCGCUGUGGAUCAUCGGGGAGUACCAAGGGGUUGGGUCCGGUUCUGACCUCAUUGCUGCUGCAGAAAAGGCGGUAGCUGAUGGAGUGGACGUCAUAUCGUGCUCGUGGGGGGGCCUUGCCAUGUACUUCCAAGACCUGCCCUACUUGCGUGGUCUAAAGGUGCGAAUCUGUGCCUCCCCUAUUUGA